UGGCGGUCCGGGCCGCGGGGCUCGGGCCUAUUGGGGUGGGCGGGGCGGUUUCGGGCUCGCUGGCCUCCCCGGGACCCUCACGACACGCCGCGGGGCUCGGAGGGCUUCACGGGCCCGCCUGGGGCCGGGCAGCGGCGGCGGAGCCUGGCGCCGAUCGGGGGCCUUCUCCAGGCCCCGGGACGCGUCUGUGACCAUGGAGGAAGAAGAUGAGUCUCGAGGGAAGACGGAGGAGUCGGGCGAGGAUCGGGGUGACGGUCCGCCCGACCGAGACCCCGCGCUGCCUCCCUCUGCUUUCAUCCUGCGGGCCGUUCAGCAUGCUGUGGGGAGUACCCUGCACGGCGGGCUGCCCGACGAGAAAGAAGGUUCUCGGUGCCAUGGCCUCCGAUGGCGGCGCUGCCGGAGUCCCCGGUCUGAGGCCCGUUCCCAGGAGUCCGGGGGGACUGACACAGCUGCUGUGCUGGACGUAGCUGCAGACAGCUUCCUGGCAGGACUGGUGAGCGUCCUGGACCCCCCGGACACUUGGGUCCCCAGCCAUCUGGACCUGCGGACUGGCGAAGGCGAGGACAUGCUGGAGCUGGUGGCCGAGGUCCGAAUUGGAGACAGGGACCCCCUGCCACUGCCUGUGCCAAGCCUGGUGCCCCGGCUCAGGGCCUGGAGGACGGGCAAGACGGUUUCUCUGCACUCGCAGGCAGCUCGGCCUGCAUGUGCCCGCCACCUCCUCACUCUGGGCACUGGAGAUGGGGGUCCCGCCCCACCCCCGGCCCCCUCCUCUGCUUCCUCUUCCCCUUCUCCUUCACCCUCCUCAUCCUCUCCUUCCCCGCCUCCGCCCCCACCGCCCCCAGCCCCACCAGCCCCUCCGGCCCCCCGCUUUGACAUCUAUGACCCCUUCCACCCCACCGAUGAGGCCUACUCCCCCCCGCCUGCCCCGGAGCAGAAGUACGACCCCUUUGAGCCCACGGGCUCCAACCCCAGCUCAUCGGUGGGGACCCCUUCCCCCGAGGAGGAAGAGGAGGAAGAGGAGGAGGAGGAGGAGGAAGAAGAGGAGGAGGAAGAAGAGGAGGGCCUGUCCCAGAGCAUCAGCCGCAUCUCUGAGACCCUGGCGGGCAUCUACGAUGACAACAGCCUGAGCCAGGACCCUCCAGGUGACGAGAGCCCCCGCCCGGAGUCCCAGCCCCCACCUACGGCCGCCCCAGGCACCCCACCACAGGCCGACUCCACCAGGGCUGAGAGCGCCACCCGCAGGCGCGUUUUCGUGGUGGGCCCAGAGGCCGAGGCCUGUCGCGAAGGAAAGGUGUCCGUGGAGGUGGUAACGGCAGGUGGUGGCGCGCUGCUGGCCCCCGGCGACUCAGAGAUCGAGGAGGGCGAAAUCGUGCAACCCGAGGAGGAGCCCCGCUUGGCACUAGCGCUGUUCCGUGGUGCCGGGGGCCGCGCCCCUCGCCCUGCGCCCACCACGCCGGCACCCCCGGUCCAGCCCCCGGCCCCGCCACCCGUGUCCCGCGCUGGGGCGGCCGCCGAGGGGGACGACUUCCUGUCCCUGCACGCCGAGUCGGAUGGCGAGGGCGCCCUACAGGUGGACCUAGGUGAGCCGGCGCCUGCAACCCCCGCUGCCGCCUCCAACGCCACCGAUGCGCGCUGGGCCGGCCUGGACCUGCGCCGCAAGAUCCUGACGCAGCGGCGGGAGCGCUACCGCCAACGCUCGCCCUCGCCGCCCGCCGCACCCCCCGUGCCCCCUGGCCCACCCUCCCGCAAGAAGUCGCGGCGCGAGCGCAAACGCAGUGGUGAGGGCAAGGAAACGGCGGCGGCAGCAGCGUCAGGGGCAUCGGGGGCACCGCCCGCCCCGCCAGCCCCCACCUCCCCCUGGGACUCCAAGAAGCACCGCACCCGGGAGCGCAAGCCUGGCACCCACGCCUCGUCCUCGGCGUCUGCCCGCCGCCGCUCCCGAUCCCGCUCCCGAUCCCGCUCGGCCCGCCGCCGCUCCCGCAGCACUGAGCGCCGCCGCGGGGGCAGCCGCCGGUCGCGCUCCCGGGACAAGCGGCGCCGGCGCCGGCGCUCGGCCUCCCCACCGCCCGCCACCUCCUCGUCUUCGUCGUCCCGGAGGGAGCGGCACCGCGGCAAGCACCGUGACAGCAGGAAGAAGAAAAAGCGCUCGCGGUCGCGGGGCGACAAGCGGCCAGCGGACAGCGACAAGGCCUCGGGCGCUGUGGCCUUGAGCUCAGAGCGUGAUCGCCGGCGCGGCGCCGUGCCACCCUCCAUCCAGGACCUCACCGACCACGACCUCUUCGCCAUCAAGCGGACCAUCACCGUGGGCCGGCCGGACAAGUGCGACCUGCGCGGCGCGUCCCCCGGCCCCGCCGCCUCACCCAAGCGGGAGGUGCUGUACGACUCGGAGGGGCUGAGUGCCGAGGAACGGGGAGGCAAGGCUGGCGACAAGGACCGGCGCCGCUCGGGGGUGGCCUCUUCCUCUUCCUCCUCGAGGGACAAGGGGUCCCGGCGGAAGGCGCUGGACGGGGGCGAGCGGGACAGGGACAGAGACCGGGCUUCCAAGAAGGUGCGGCCACCCAAGGACUCCGCAGCCUCAGGGCCCCCGGCCAAGCCUCCCCUCAGCAGUGGCUCCGGCUCAUCCUCCUCGUCGUCCUCGUCGUCCUCGCGGAAGGUGAAGCUGCAGUCCAAGGUGGCAGUGCUCAUCCGUGAGGGCGUCAGCAGCACCACGCCCGCCAAGGAGGCCUCCGGGGCCAGCUUGGGCUCCAUCGGGGUCAAGUUCAGCAGGGACCGGGAGAGCCGCUCGCCCUUCCUCAAGCCCGAUGAGCGGACGCCAGCAGAGGUGGCCAAGGCCACGCCCGGCAGUAGCACCAAGCCCAAGAAGACCAAGGUCAAGGCAAAGGCCGCGGCCAAGAAAGCCAAGGGGACCAAGGGGAAGACCAAGCCGUCGAAGACGAGGAAGAAGGUGCGCAGUACCCCGGGCAGCACCGGCAGUGGGCCCGGGACGCUGAAGAAGUCCAGGGCGGACAGCUGCAGCCAGGCUGCAGGCCACAAGGGCUCUGAGGAGACGUGGUCCGGGGAGGAGCGGGCCAAGGCCCCGAGCACCCCACCCACCAAGGCAGCCCCCCCACCGCCCGCACUCACGCCGGACUCGCAGACGGUGGAUAGCAGCUGCAAGACCCCUGAGGUCUCCUUCCUGCCUGAGGAGGCUGCCGAGGAGACGGGAGGCCGUGGUGGGGUGGAGGAGGAAGAGGAGGAGGACGAGGAGGAAGAGGAGGAGGAGGAGGAGUUGGAGCAGCAGCCGGCCACCAGCACGGCCACCAGCACGGCUGCUGCCGCCCCAAGCACGGCCCCUGGUGCCGGCUCCACCACCGGGGACUCGGGCACCGAGGACGGGCCGGCAGCCCGUGUGCCCCAGCUACCCACGCUCCCCCCGCCCAUGCCCUGGAACCUGCCUGCAGGCGUGGACUGCACCACCAGCGGUGUCCUGGCCUUGACCGCACUUCUCUUCAAGAUGGAAGAAGCCAACCUGGCGAGCCGAGCCAAGGCCCAGGAGCUGAUCCAGGCCACCAAUCAGAUCCUCAGUCACAGGAAGCCGCCCUCUGGCCUGGUGACACCUGCACCUGUGCCCACCUCUCUGGGCCUCCCCCCUGGUCCCUCCAGCUACUUGCUCCCUGGCAGCCUUCCCCUGGGGGGCUGCGGCUCCACCCCUCCCACCCCCACUGGGCUGGCUGCAGCGUCUGACAAAAGGGAAGGCAGCAGCAGCUCCGAGGGACGAGGGGACACAGACAAGUACCUAAAGAAGCUGCACACGCAAGAACGGGCGGUGGAGGAGGUUAAACUGGCCAUCAAGCCCUACUACCAGAAGAAGGACAUCACCAAGGACGAGUACAAGGACAUCCUGCGGAAGGCCGUGCACAAGAUCUGCCACAGCAAGAGCGGGGAGAUCAACCCUGUGAAGGUGAGCAACCUGGUGCGGGCCUACGUCCAGCGCUACCGCUACUUUCGCAAGCACGGUCGCAAGCCAGGGGACCCCCCCGGGCCCCCCCGGCCGCCCAAGGAGCCAGGGCCCCCUGAUAAGGGCGGUCCAGGCCUGCCCUUGCCCCCCCUCUGAGCCCUGCCGCCCCAUCCCUCCUUCUUCGCCGCCUUGGAAUUCUGGACAUAUUUAUGGCUCGGCCUCUGCACCGCCCUCCCCCGUCAGCGGGAUGAUCUGGGGAGUCGCAGGGGGAAGAGGAGAGCCCCGCCCCACCCACCCCUGCCCAGCACCCUGGUCCCCAAACCCAGCCCCACGCCCCUCUGUCCGUGCCCCCGCCCUGUUUCAUUAAAGAUUUCAUGAAAUGUU